CCCGGCUAAAUGGUACCAACAACGCCGGUGGCAACGCCGUUGAGACAAGCUGUCAAUUUCAAUUUACGGUCUAUGCGCAAACUCAUCCUCAUUCACGUAAACCUUCAGAUGACACCACAUCUCACCGUCAGUCUACUAAUACUCCAAGUAACUCUUAUCCCCAUCAUCCUCAAUCGGCCGUUCCAAGCCUGCAUACAUGUCCUGGUCAACAGCAUCAACCCCCGCGGCGAGGAUGCCGUCCCUUACAGCCCUUUUCCUUUCCUUAGCCCAGCUCACCGUGUCCCUCACACAACCCUCCACCUCCGAGUCCUCCCCAUCAUCAUCAUCCUCACCACAAAGCCAGGUCUGCGGCCGAGGCACUUCGCCUCCCCACCUCCUGCGCCACCCCGUCUGCCUCGACGCUCUCAUCUCCUCCUCCUCAUCACCCCCCGCAAGCUGGACCCCCUGGACGCACCCACCACACUGCAUCCCCGCCUCGGACGAGCCGUGGUGCGUAUACACCAACGCUGCCGCCCUCGGGUCUGACUCCGGCCCCGGCCCGGGGAUCGGGAUCAGCAUCAUCACCACGCCGGAUAUCGCAUCAUCCGAUCCGCUGCUGCACCCGGCGCAGCACCGCUUCCACGCACCAUUCUUUGCCCCAGACAAGUUGUAUACCGACCCCCGCCCGUACAAGGUGCGUGACGUACCGGGAAAGGGCAAGGGCGCCGUGGCGAUAAGGAGGAUUGAGAAGGGCCGGGCGGUGCUGGUUGAUUAUGCCAGUGUGCUUGCUGCGGUGGAGUACCCGGCGGAUGUGCUCCGGGAGGAGGUGCAGGAGUUGUUGAGUAUUGCGGCGGAGAGGUUGGGGGAGCCGGGGAAGGUUACGGGGUUGGCGAGGAAGGGGGAGGGGAGGGCAUCUGCGGGACUUGAAGAUGGGGGUGGGGAGGAUGCGGAGGGUGACAUGGACUCGGAGGCGAGUGUCAUGGAGGAUGUCAUGCUGACCAACUCGUUUGGGGUGGUCAUCGGUGGGAGGGAGUUUAUGGGCUUGUUUAGUGACUUGGCGAGGUUUAAUCAUGACUGCAAGCCAAACGCGUUUAUCCACUUCUCAGAAACUACGUUGGCUAUGACGGUUUGGGCUGCUCGGGACAUUGAGCCGGGGGAGGAAAUCACGAUUACUUACUCGGCCGCCGGCAUGACGUCAAAAGAGCGGCAGCAGACCCUGGAGAAGGUUUGGGGCUUUAAGUGCCAAUGCUCACUCUGCACUUCUUCCCCUGAGGCACUCAAUGCCUCAGACACACGUCGCGCCCAGAUCCCCUCUCUCAGGGAAGAGGUAGUCAAGUUGGCGCAAAAAGGAGAGUUCAACAAAGCCAUUACGGCUGCCGAAACCCUGUUUAGCCUGGUUGAAGAGGAGGGCCUGACAGAGCAGAUGGGUGACAUGUACGAGGUGCCUGCGCGGCUUUACUAUCACGUUGGCAACCUCGAGAAGGCGCUCGAAUAUACGCUGAAGGUCAAGCAUGAGAUUGAUGGCUAUGGGUUUCCAGGAAAGCUUGGUAUGGAGAAGCUCAAGAUGCUGAAAGGGGUUAUCGCGCGGAUUGAGCGGGAGCUGAAGGACAAGAAGAAGAGGGGAGGCGAUGGGUCACAGGGAGAGGAGAAGCCGGGCGAUCAGGAAGAAAGUAAACAUACUAAGUAACUAAGGUUCAAAUAGAUUAAUAGAGGUUUCCGA